ACUUCGGUGAUCCCGGGUUUCCCCCGGUACGCAAUGCACGGCGACCAGUCGCGGGGAGUGUUCAACCUGCGCAUCUCCAACGCCUCCCUGGAGGACGACGCCGAGUUCCAGUGCCAAGUGUCGCCCAAGGGCAGGACGGCCGCCAUCAGGGCCAACGCCACCCUCACCGUGCUAUCGCCACCGGCCGGCAUCGAGAUCAUCAACCACGAGGGCAGCAGCGUCAACAAGAUCGAGAUCGCGGAAAAGAAGGAGGUGGAAUUGGAGUGCCGCGUGAAGGAGAGCAAGCCCGCCGCGACCAUCGUGUGGUACCGGGACAACGUGGAGCUCAAGCUGAACAACCGCGAGGACGGGCAGACGGAGGUGGUGUCCAAGACCCGGGGCCCGCGCGCCAGCAAGUUCAUCGUCACGUCCAGGAUCCGGCUGACGCCGACGCACCAGGACGACGGCGCCAACUACACGUGCGAGGCCAAGCACGACGCCAUCAACAACAGCAAGCCGAUGAAGGCCACCGUCACGCUCUCCGUGCUCUAUCCGCCGGGUGCGCCGUACAUCGAGGGCUUCGACAGCAACGUGGUGCAGCGCGGGCGGCAGCUGGAGCUCAUCUGCAAGAGCCGCGGUGGCAACCCGCUGGCGCAGCUCAUCUGGUACAAGAACAACGACCCCGUGCACAUGAAGUACUUCACGCAUGACGCCAUCUCGGAGAGCACCUACACCUUCACGGCAGACGCGUCCGACAACAACGCCGUGUACCGCUGCACCGCCACCAACAUCCAGAGCCAGAAGCCGCUCAGCGCGCAGGUCACCGUCACUGUCGAGUUCCCUCCCACGCACGUGGUGAUCAACGGGUCGGCGGAGGCGCGCGUCGGCGACGUGGUGCCGCUCACCUGCACCACGGACAACUCGAACCCGCCCGCCGAGAUCCGGUGGACGGUGGGCGGCAAGCAGGUGCACAACGCGACUUCGAGGAGUGUGCAGGCCAAGGCGGGCGGCUGGAUCACCACCUCGGACCUCGUCACCGUCAUCCCGCCCGGGCCGCGCUCCGUGAUCGUGGUCUGCCACGGCCUCAACAUGGACACGGCCGUGGGCACGCACACCAUCGAGGUUCAAUAUCCCCCCACUUCUCUCAUGAUUCACGGGUACAAGCCUGGCGCAAGCAUCGCGGGCGGCACCCGCCAGAGGAUAACGUGCGUGUCGACGGGCGGCAACCCCCCGGCCACCCUAACCUGGUUCAAAAACGACAAGAAGAUAAGCUCAACAUCGAAAAUCUUGGACAAAUCAGUGUCUGCUGAAGUAGAUUUUAUUGCCAAUGCAACUGAUAAUGAAGCAAGAUACAAGUGCGAAGGUGCAAACAAGGCAACAGAGAUUCCCCUCACUGAAGAAGUGAAGCUUAGUGUGCUCUUUCCCCCAGACCGGGUGCAAAUUAAGAAAGAGCCAGCCGUUCUGAAACCAGGACAGUCAGCCACACUAACAUGCGACUCAUCGUCAAGUAACCCGCCCGCCGUUUUAACUUGGUGGAGAGAUGGUAUUCCAGUUCAGGGAACAACAAAUUCGUCAUCCAAAGGAUUGCAUGGUGGUAUGGUUUCAACUGUUAAAGUUACCAUUGAUGUGAAUUCUGAUCUGAAUGGUAUUGUAUACACUUGCCAAGCCAUGAAUGAAGUGCUUCAACGCAGUGUACAUGAUGCAAUUACAUUGGACGUGCUAUACAAACCUAUUUUUGAUCAUGAGCCUGCUGAACCAUUCAACGGUGUCGAGGGGCAGCCUCUGCUUGUAGCUUUGCAGGCCCAUGGCAACCCCUCUAACAUGACCUUUUUAUGGAAAAAAGAUGGAAAAGCUCUAACUCAUUCCUCAGAGAGCCAUUCAAGAGUUCUGAUUGAUGGACCGAUGCUCAACAUAUCCUCAUUGACCAAAGAUGACACUGGCUUAUACACCUGUGAAGCUGCCAAUAGUGAAGGAGCCACAAGCAUCCAAAUAAAUAUCUCAGUAAAUUACCCUGCUAGAAUUACUGGUCUUACCACUGAGACACUUGUAUCAGUUGGUGAAGAAGCCACUUUAAAUUGCACAGCAGAUGGGAAUCCACUGAAAGCUGACCACAUUACAUGGAGAAGAGAAGGCUUUGAAAUGGCAGCCAAAACUGCAACUGUUUUCAGAAACAACACAUCAUAUUUAACAAUUCAUAAGGCAUCCAAGGAAGAUAUUGGAGCUUUUUUAUGUGUUGUGAACAAUGAUCUGGGAAAUGAAACAAGUGCAAAAGCAUUUCUUCUUGUAAAACAUAAACCAGACAUUGAUCUAUCUCCAGUGCUUGCAAAGGCAGCUUCUAAUGUCGGAGAUACUGCUAGACUCACAUGUCGGGCAAAGGGUGCCCCUGAAGUAAGAUUUAGCUGGUCACGAGAUGGUUCUGUAAUACCAGCCAAUUCCUCACUUAAAUACACUCUCAACCAACACAAGGUUGACAUUCUUACUUUUGAGUCAGUAUUGCAAGUUCUUAAAGUAGAACAGGCUGACUUUGGACAAUACCAGUGUAAAGCUCAAAACGAAAUUGGGUUUACCACUCACUCUGUAAAACUGGAUAUCACGUCGAAACCUGAUUCACCAACCAACUUGGUUGCUAAUGACACUACUCAUAACUCUGUUGCUCUAUCCUGGACCCCAGGGUUUGAUGGGGGUCUCCAAACAACAUUCAGAAUAAGAUACAAACCCUCUGGUUCCACCAAUGAAGCAUACCAGUAUGUAGAUGUAGUACCACCCAACGCAACCACUUUUGUAAUCAGAAAUUUGGAUCUUGCCACUGAGUACAUUUUCUCAGCAAUGGCACAGAAUAAACAAGGAUCUAGUGAAUAUGCUGGUCAUUUAAAAGCACACACAACAAAUGGUGCGGAAAUUUUGUCUGAGGAGCUCUUAGGAAGAGCAGACCUUCCUCGUCUUGUCGUAGUGAGUGUAGCCAUCACAGGAUCGAUCCUUCUGUUCCUCAACAUAUUAUUGGUUGGAUGCUUUAUGUAUAGGAAACGUAGGCAAAGACUACGAGAAGCAGCCAGCGAGCAGAGCAGUAGCAAGUCUGCAACAAUUGAAAUGUAUGCUCCGAGUAGCUACAAUGAAACUGUGACAGGAGAGACUCUAAGUUCAGUCUCUGAGAAAAGUGAAAGCUACUCAAAUGCAGAUAGCAAUCCUGAUUAUUUGGUGAGAAAACAGGAGGAUGGAAGGAAACCUGCAGCCAGUACUUACUUGAUUGAUCAAAUUGAUUAUCCUUUUGAGUACUGUGGCUUUGAAAUGCAGCAUCAACACAAUCAUCAGCUUCCAAGUCAUCCUCAUCACCAUAUUGGAAAUAACACCCUGAAACCUCCCUUAGCAGAUUCUGUUAACUCUGUAAAUUCUGGCACGCUCAGAAAACAUCAAACUAACUACAACAACCACAAUACAGGAGGGGUCCAACCUGGGGGAGAUGGUUUUUAUGGAAUUUCUCCGGAUGCAAGGUACAUUGCAUACCCUCCCCCCGCAGAGUUUUCUCAACCAACUGGGAAUGGCACACUGCGAAGAGGGCAGCAUCUCACCUCGAUGGGAACAGGUCCUGUUGGUGUACCUCCCGAUGUGACUGUUCUACAUAACCCUCCAAUUCCUCCUCCACCACUACUAUCAACAUUUAGCUAUCCAGCAAUGGAAACAGAGGGUCAUUUAGUGUGACCCAGUGAAAAUACUGAUGUGAGUGAUGAGAACUCUUCUGCUCACAUUGUCUUUCAGCUCAGACUGUGAUUUCAGUGUCUACCCACUGCCACAAACCAAACUAAUAAUUAUCUGUUACAUUGUGUAAGCACAGGACACUUUUGUGCUAGUGUGGCUUUUGAAUGUUGAUUUUGUGUGUUUGUUGAAGAAAUGGUUUGGUUGUUUUAAUGGGCUUUUGCCUCCAUUUCAGGCAAAAACCUAUUGAAAAGCUCAUAUAAAAAAUUGAGGCAGUUUAUGUAGACUAGCCUUGAAACAAACAGGGUUUUUUAAAAACAUAUUGUUUUUUUUUCUUUUUGUAUUCUUUCUGCUUGUUUUGGAAUACUUGUACAAAGUAUUAAAAAUUAGAUAGGGAUUUUCUAUUAAGUAUUUUUCCAUUUGAAGUAUUGCUAGAAUAUUGAAGCAAUUGAACCAUUGUAAUUAAGGGAGUAAAGAUGUGUCCUCCCUCAUACUGAUCUAUGCUGACUUGUUAGUCCAUCCAAGUAUUGUCAAUGUAGAAAUUCUUGAAAAUGAAUUCAACCUAAAUGUGAGACUUACAUUAAAAUUAUGUUGUUUGUCUGUGUCAGCAUGUGAUCAAUAAUGCUUAAAUACUGGACUGAUGCAUACUAUACAUUUGUGUUAUUUGCUCACAAGAAGGCAAAAUAAUUUUUGUAGAUAAUAGUUAAUUGAGAUGUGGUGCUAUUCUGUCAAAGUGUACAGUAAAUUCAUUCAAUGUACAGUUACUUUAAGUGUUGUGUACAUAGGUGAUGUCCAUCAAGUGGAUUAAUGAUGCACUUGAAAUGAAUGAAGUGAAACAAGUAGAGGCAUGUUCAAAAGUAACAGUUUUCUUUUAAAUGUAUUAUUUCUCUCAUAAAAUAUCUUGAGUGCGUGAGUGAGCUAGUCUUCAGUGUAUACCAAAGCUGUGGGUCAGAUGAAUGUCAGCAGGCAGUUGCAUGUGAUUCCUUUGUUGUUGUUUUUUUUCCUUUUUGUUUCAUAAAGAGGCAAUACUUUAUGUUUACUGGUAACUUGCAAAAACCUGAAGCAAUAGACCAUUUCACCUUUGCUGUCACCUCUUACUAAGAACAGGGGUCUAACCGUUUGCAUGAAUAAUUGAUUUGUUAGUUCAUAUUCAACUUACUCAGUUGCUGUUAUUAAGAACUAAAAAUUAUGCUAAUUUCUGUGUUGGGCGGUUAUGAGUGCACAGGUGAAAUAGUCUCGAAAGACAACUUUAUAAAGAAUUCAUCUGUGAGUGACAAACCAAGAUUCAAUAAUUGGUACAACUUACAUCUCACAUAAAAGUGUACUAUUAUUCUAAAAUGAAGUAACUUUGAAUAUCUAUCUAUCUCUAUCUAUUUAAACUCAGACUCGUGAUCAAUCAAGCUCUGCUAAAAAAGAUAUAUAUUAAUAAUUUGCACUAUCCUCUCUUCUUCCAACCUAAAACUGAAAGUGAUGGUCACCAAAGUAUUACAAGGUAGUAAAAAUGUUUGUCUAUUUGUGAUAAAAGAAUUUUAAGAAGCCUCACUUAUUAUUCAACAUUUAUCAAUAUUCAUGCAUUCAUGCAUUCAUUGUAGUAACAGUAAAGCAUCAAAAUGAAAAUGCUUAAAAAUUGCAAGAAUUAUGGGACACUGUAAAGGUUUCAAUAUUACCAUCAUUCUCAGACUGCUUUAUACUUUCCCAGUUGCAUUGCCUCAAAGCAUAAUUAAGACCUAAUUUAAAAUGACUGCCAAUUAUCUUGUAUUUUAAUUUCUGAACUCUUAAUUUGUGAUUCUUAUUGAAAAUGAUAAUCACAGAAUGGAUUGUUAAAGAACUCCAGUGAACUCCAGUGUAAAAUUUUUGAUCUCAUCUCAGAUGUUCCGUGAUGUAAAAUAUUGGUGUGAUGUGCACCCUAGGUAAAGUUAGGAUCUUGUUUAAGUUUGUCUCCUGUUAUUUUUUACCUCAAUUUACAUCAUUCUGUACUCCAAAGGAGCAAAUUAAAAUCAAAUACUAAAACUGA